UCCAAAAUAAAUAAAAUAAAAUAAGAGGGCGUGUUUAGUCUGUGACUGGGGUAAAGUGGUUUGUGCUGGUGCCGAGCCUUUAGCACGCAGUGUUAGCCGACUAGCAUCACCCCGCUGUGGGCUGUGUCCCAAUCGCAGCUAGAAGUGGGCGUGUCCUCAUCACGUCUCCGACCAAUGGGGGAGGAAUAAUGGGAGGGCAGCGCUGAAAGUGGCCGAGGUCUCCCCCCCUCUCUCUCUCUCUCUCCCUCUCUCUCUCUCCCUCUCUCUCUCUCCUCCUCUCCGAAGGUAGGCUGCAGCGUGUGUUUAUUGAUGAGAUGAAAGAAGAUGGAAGUGAGACAUGAAACAAAGUAAGGGAAAAUACUAAAUGUAAAAAAAGGAAGAAAACUCCAACCUUGUCCGGAUAAGGAAGAAAAGAAAAGCCGGAGAAAGCUGUGAAACACUGUCGCCAGUGGAGGAAAAGAAAAGUCACAGAUCUGGAUCGGCUGAAGAGAACGCACUCAGAGGAGCAUCAGAUGUGAUCUUCGCAGCCGAGGGACGCUGGAGAGGAAGUGUGUUCUCCAUCCGAGAGUGAGAGCAGGACGAUCGUGUGAAGGCUCGUUUCAUGCCUGGGAGAGAUGAAGUGAACACAGUGUGUUUCACCAGCACCAGCAACCUGUAGCAUCGUGACCUUGUGCCUCUCACCGCCACACACACACACACACACACACACACAUACACGGACUACAAACGGACAACUACGACAGAGCGCCAGCCGACUGUUGCCGCCAUCAGCCGCAAAGGGGAUGACUGAGCGCGUCCACAACAUCAACCUACACAACUUCAGCAGCUCGGUACUGGAGACCCUGAACGAGCAGCGCAACCGCGGGCACUUCUGCGACGUGACAGUGCGCAUCCACGGCAGCAUGCUGCGCGCCCACCGCUGCGUGCUCGCCGCUGCCAGCCCCUUCUUCCAGGACAAGCUGCUGCUGGGCUACAGCGACAUCGAGGUGCCCGCGGUGGUCUCGGUGCAGUCAGUGCAGAAGCUCAUCGACUUCAUGUACAGCGGCGCGCUGCGCGUGGCCCACUCGGAGGCACUGCAGAUCCUCACGGCCGCCAGCAUCCUGCAGAUCAAGACCGUCAUCGAUGAGUGCACGCGCAUCGUCUCGCACGCCUCUGCCCAGGAGACGCCACGCGGCACGCCCGACUCGGGAACCUCGGGCCCCGGGAGCGAUGCAGAGCAAGGCAUUGAACGCGCCUACUCAUCCAUCUACCCCAGACUGGAGCUGCAGAACGGCACGCGGAGCGAACGCCAGCACUACACCAGCGUUUCCAUCCCCGGCACCUUCGACCCGCUGCAGCAGAAGGAGGGCGUGCAGGACCCGUCGCUAUGGGUGAGCCAACUGCAUGAGCGCCAGCAGCAGUCGGAGCGCUUCCUGGGCUCGUCUGAGACCACACACUGCCGCAAGCAGCCACGCCCGGUCCGCCUGCACACGGCCGAGCACGACAUGCGCAUCAAACAGGAGAGGAUGACCGAAGAGGCGUACGGCUGCUAUGGAUUAGACAUAGAGGACGCCAACGGAGAGCCCAAAGGAGAGAGCUUCGAUUCAGGCGUCAGCUCCUCCGUUGGCACCGAGAACGACCCGUCGGAGCAGCACUUCAUGCCCGGGUUCGGGCGCGAGGGCGAGGCUGAGGUCGGCACGCCGGUGCACAUUGAUGUCACCGAUUCGUCCCCGGAGCAGAGCCAGGAGAUGGGCGAAGACAACAACAGCGGGGACGGAAGAGACAUCUCAAUGGACCAGCCGCCGCUGUCCAACCCUGUCGUGCAGAGCUCCAUGGCUGGCGGCCAGCUUUACAUCCGCCCCUGCGACACGAUCGCGGCAAACCUGCGCAUGCCGCUGACGCUAACCAGCAGCACCAACUCGUACCUGCCCACGCUGUUCGCCCCGCAGCCCUCAGCCAACGAGAACAAGCCGUUCCUGUUCAGCCUGCCGCAGACCGUCAGCUCCCAGCAGCCCCAGUUCGUGGCCGUGCCUCCCCACAGCAUGGCACCUUUCCCCAGCGGCCUGAGCGGAGUGCCAACCGCCGGCACGCAGCAGCAGCAGCAGCAGCAGCCCGCUGCCACCGGGGUGGUGCAGCAGGGCGAGAAGAAACCGUACGCCUGCACCCUGUGCUGCAAAACCUUCACUGCCAAACAGAACUACGUCAAACACAUGUUUGUGCACACCGGUGAGAAGCCGCACCAGUGCAGCAUCUGCUGGCGCUCGUUCUCCCUGAAGGAUUACCUGAUCAAGCACAUGGUGACCCAUACGGGCGUGCGCGCCUACCAGUGCAGCAUCUGCAACAAGCGCUUCACGCAGAAGAGCUCACUCAACGUGCACAUGCGCCUGCACCGCGGCGAGAAGUCCUACGAGUGCUACAUCUGCAAGAAGAAGUUCUCCCACAAAACCCUGCUGGAGAGGCACAUGGCGCUGCACAGCACCACGCCCGGGGUCACCGGGGUCGUCACUGGGGUCACCGGGGUCGUCUCCGGGGUCGUCACCGGGGUCUCCGGCGCCAACCCGGCAGGCCCCGCCUCCAUCCCGGUGCAGAUGGCCGUCCCUGAACCCGGCCCCGGAGUCGUGGCUCUGGCCAUGCCUGUGGGAGGAGGCGGAGCUGGGGGAGGAGUCAGUGGAACCGGAGUGGGCGUGGCCUCAGAGGCGAGCUGCCAGGAAGCGACGACCUACAUGUGCUCCGUGUGCCCGGUCAAGUUCGACCAAAUCGAGCACUUCAACGACCACAUGCGCAAACACGUCUCCGACGGAUAAGUACGGAAAAAAAUAUAUUGAGAAAAAGUUUUAAAAAAAAAACUUUUUAAACAACAACAACAACAAAAAUAAGAAUGAAAAGAAAAAUAAUGGCACUAGAUUUUUUGUUUGUUCGUUUGUUUGUUUGUUUGUUUUCCCUAAAAUUGGGGGCAUGAAGAGUAAUGAGUAUAGACACUGGCACAUUGAGUUGAGUUUUCCCAGAAAACAAAAAGGUUUUUUUUUUUUUUUGGCAUUUUAUGUCGUUAUUCUUAAAUAAUUAAAAACCAUAGAUGGUGGCCUUAAGGCUGUGUAGUUGGAGAAUGAUCCACUGGCUGGAUCCAAACUACUGGCCUCUAAAUGUAUGAUUUCCUUACUGAUUUAUGUGUUGAACACUACCGAAAGGCCUGCGAAAGAUACACCACACACACACACACGUAUACACACACACACACGUAUACACACCACACACGCACGCACACACAUAUACACACACAGACUACUUAUACACUUACGUACCGUAGAGUGAGUCGUAUCGUGUGUGUGUGUGUGUGUGUGUGUGUGGCCGUGUGUGUGUAUGUGUAUGUGUGUAAAACCGUGAAAUUUUUAACCGUUUUCCCAUGUAGACCGUACUGGAUGCCAAUGGCGUCCUGAUUACUGUGGUAAACCUUUAAAAAAAAACAAAAACAACAACAACAGCAGCAGCAGCAGUAUCUGGCUCGGAUUGGUUGAAGAGUGAGGACGGUCACAUGUUUGCCUUUUUUACGUCAGAUCAGAAAUCGACACUGGGUUUUAUUUAUUAAUUAAACAGAUUAAACGAUGUGCUGUGGAAGUCGAGCCGAGCCAUCGUGAGGAAAAGAACAUUAAACACCCUUUAUGAUGAUUUUUUUAUUAAUGUAUCUGUAUCCUCCCCCCUCCCCCGUCCUCGUUCCCACGUCCCCUGUGGUUCCCUUUAGAGUCGAGUUUACAGAACGAGGGUCCGGGGUUGAUUUUGUUUGUCAGUAUUUGAGCUUUGAGAAUCCAUUUUGCGAACACUGCCACUGUAAAGACUGUUAUUUGACCUUUUCCUAAACAAGAAAAAAAAACAAAAUGGAUUAAAAGACAGAAAGAAAGAAGCCCAGGAACAACAGAGGGUUCUCUUUUUUUUUUUUAAUUCAGUGUCAUCUUUCUCAUCGCUCCAUGAUUGAAAAAUAAAUAAAAAACAACUCCGGCACGCAAACGCAGACGCCAGCAGGCCGGGUGUUAGCGGCUGCGCCACACACUCCCGCGUUCAGACUGUUACACCCCGACGCAGCGUGCUGAAGCUUUUCUCACGAUUCUCACUACUCCACAAGCUGCUGACGCCGAGCCAGUUAGCGACCCGGACACAAAAAUAACCCAGAGUCCCAAAAUAAGGAAGAAAAAUUAAAAAAAGGAAAAGGAGUUUCAAAGGGAAAAAAAGGAAAAGAAAAGAUGAAGCUGCUUCCUGUUCGUGACGUCCACCGUGACUCAGCUGUUUGGCCGGGUGGGGCAACUGAAGUGCACUACUCCUGAUCCCUAAGCCCCAUCUAGUGGCUCAAACAGCCUGGCAUGAGAUUCCUUUUUUUUCUUUUUUUUUGUGGCUAACAGGAAGCAAAAAGAGAAGGAGAGAAGGAGGACUGGCCAAAAAAAACCCACACCCCAUUCACAAUCUAGUGCACUUACUUACUCUAUUGGGAGACAUUUUAUAAAACAUUUUUGACUCAUGAAAUCCCACACCGCACUGCAGCAGAAUAGUGCACACCCACCACACGUCAUGCUUCGUGGGGAACUAAAAUAAUAAUCAACCUGAUCCUUUUUUCUUUUCAUUUCUUCGUUCGUUCGUUUGUUUGUUUGUUUGUUUGUUUGUUUGUUUCUAGGAUCCUUUCCUGACUGAAGUGCACUACUUCUGAUCCCUAAGCCCUAUCUAGUGGCUCAAACGGACCUCAGCUCACGAGACCGAAAGAAAGAAAGAGAGAAUGGUGUGUUCCAAACCACACCUUCUCUCCUAUCUAGUGCACUAUUUUAGGUUUUUCUUCAAAAAAAGUAAAGUAAAUAAGACAGAGCCCAGAUUAUCAACACAAUAAAAAAACGAACUCCUGACUUGAAGUGCACUACUUUUGAUCCCUAAGCCCUGCGUAGAGAGAGUGAGGCGUCCGAAACUGCACCUUAUCUCCUGCCUCAGGCGCUAUUUUAAGAGUCGUGGAAAAUUUUGUUCUCGUAAAUUCCAAAAAUAGUGUCAGUGUCGGUGUCAGUGUCAGUCCUGGCCUGGACUGAUUACCCAUAAUGCACCACACUGGAAAGACUGGGAGAAAAAACAUUUUAAAAACAAAGUCCAGAUUAUCGAAUUACAAUGAAGUGCACUACUCUUCAUCCCUAACCCCAGAUACAUCUGUAUCUAUCUAGUGGGCCAAAGGAGAGUUGGGAAAACAGCAAGAGAAAGAACGGGACGUGUCCCAAUCCAUCUCCCUAUCACACCCUUGUACCCUAUUUUUAGAAGCUGUAAAUUCCCACAAUGCACUGCAACAGGUUAGUGUCAAGCCCAAGCUAGUAUUGAGUACCCAUAAUGCACUUGGGUACAUUUGUAAAGACUGAAGAAAAAAAACUAAAUAAAAAAUGAAAUAAAUCUGGUGGUUACCAAGACAGAACAAUCAAUCAGACAAUCAAGUGCACUACUCGUGAUCCCUAACCCUUAUGUAGUGGAAAAAAGAGAAGAGAGGUGAGAUGUGAUGUAAUAUGAUACGAUACGAGACAUGUCCCAAACCACUCUCAUAGUGCACUAUUUGAGAAUCUAAUGGCCAAAAAAACAAGAGAAAAGGAGAAAACGAGACGUCCAAAAUCUCACCCUGUUCACUACGUAGUGUUCUGUGUUUCACAACGCCUUGCAGCAGGUUGCCAGUUUGAGUCACUAGAUCAGUGCCCCGUAGGAAUUGAGAUGAGAUUUAUUUUUUGUCUGUUUAAACACAGCCCUGUGUGUGUGUGUGUGUGUGUGUGUGUGUGUGUGUGUGUGUGUGUGUGUGAGAGACGAUGAGACGGAGGCCGUCAUUUCCACGUCUCUCCCUGGCUUCAGUCCGACACUCGCUCUCUUCACGUCCACACGCCGUGUCUUUUCCGUCGUGACAAAAAAAAGCAAUCGUAAUAAUAAAUUUCAUUUUCCAAAAAAAAAAAGAUAAAGAAUGAUAAUGUGUUUGUUGAUUGAAAAACAAAGCAACAACAACAACAACAAGAGAGUGUUACUUUGCACACUUUUAAACGCCUGUGCUUCGUAUGAAAAUUGUUUAAACGGAUUUUUUCCUGCUUGGUCGGUUUUAAAGGAAUUUUUUCUUUCUUUGUUCUUUGUGUUUGAGAAAAAGGACUGCACCGAUUUUUUCUCACGUCUACGUUUUGCACUGCAGAAACCGAUAAGUGCACUACUGUUACCACAGAGGUUCUAGUUUUUCGAGAGAAAAAAAAGCGUUUUUUUAUUGAAAUGAGUUGAGAGUUUUGUGUUCGAGUAGCUUUUGUUUCUUUCUCUUUUCAUUUCUUUUCUUUUUUUUACGAGUUGAUGAUGAUGAUGAUGAUGAUGAUUAAGUGUUUCCGCUUUUGUUAUUCGUGUUCGCUAGUGUUCACUUGUGCUUGUUUUGGUGGUUGUGUGUUUUGGGUUUUUUUCCUUCCUAUUUAAAUCCGAACCAUGAGAGAGAGAGUGUGUGUGUGUGUGUGUGUGUGUGUGUGUGUGUGUGUGUGUGUGUGUGUGUGUGUGGUGUUAUUUUUAAAUCUCUCUGCAUCGCCCACCAGCAGUUGCGUGCACACACACACACACACAGUGAAGUGUUCAUACCAAACAACAUCCGAAAAAAAAAAAUGCACGUGUGUGUGUGUGUACAUAAAUUGUGUUGUAGAGUUCAGUUUCUAUAAAAAGGCAGUUGUGUUGUUGGUUGUGCAGCUUUUUCGUAUGUUGUGUAGUGUGUGUGUGUGUGUGUGUGUGUGUGUGUGUGUGUGUGUGUGUGUGUGUGUGAGAGAGAGAGUGAGAUGCCUGAACUGCAGGGCUUCCUUUGCAAUAUGCAGUGCAGGUACUGUGUGUGUGUGUGUGUGUGUGUGUGUGUGUGUGUGUGUGUGUGUGUGUGUGUGUGUGUGUUGUAUCUGCCAGCACAUUUUCACAACUUCACAAGAACAAUCACAGCAAAUGAAAUAAAUAACACACACCCCCAGAGUGUGGCGUCAGGCCUUCGUCCACUCCAACACACACACACAGACGCACACGUGCGCGCUUUGUUAUCAGACAGGAAGUUGUGUCUGGCCGUGAGAGAGGCGCUCAGGCAUGUGCCGAUGUUUUCUUCUAAUAUCAUCAUCAUCCAGUAUUAAUAGGUUUGAAUUCACAGCGGUGUGUGUGUGUGUGUGUGUGUGUGUGUGUAAACUUCAGGAAGAUUGGCCUGAUGUCACUUCCUGUUGCACUGAGAUUACAUCAGAUCAGAGCUCAGUGUGCUAUAAUUAAACACCAUGGCGGUAGAGACGACGCCCCCCGCCUUCACCAGUCUAUUCAGCUUGUUAACUCCGCCCCCUUUUCAGACCGUCCAUGUUAAAGAACUGAUCAGAUCCGCUAAUGUUUAUACGCUCAACGAUUUCUGAACAGGAGACUACGCUUCCUCGGAUAAGCUGUAAAAUCCGAUUCACCGUGAAGGAAAAGACGAUAGAUGUGAAACCCGGAUUAGACAGCGCUUCUGUUAACUCCGCCCUCAUUUUACAUGGACUUCGCAAAUCUGUAGUUCCAUAAGCCAAUAGAAAUCAAGGAGGCGGGGCUAUCGUAUCAUGUCUGGUCAGUAAACAUAACGGACGAGUUGUUGGUGAUGUUAAUAUCAUCACACAAACAUUUUUGCUAUAAAAUGUCAUUUUUUUUUGUUGGUGUUUCAGUCUGAAGCUGCAAAAACAAUUCUGACAGGAAACUGAGUGAUUUGUUGUUGCGUCACUGUUCUCUAUCGAUCACAUGACUUGACGCUGGACUUAGAAUUGAUUUGAUAUGAAAAAGAAAGAAGCCUGCCUGGAGAUCACGGCUGUGAUUGAGUUUAAAGAUGAGAAACUACAGACAAUCAGCUGCUUCCUUACGAAGAGUAAACUCACGUUAAGCCAAAUAUUCAGCAAAGGUUUGACAUGAAGCUAAAAUAAAGCAAAAAUUAAGUUAACUUAAAAAAAAAGCAUUAAACUGAGAUUAAGCUCAAAUUAAGCAAAGCUUUAGAAAAAAAUUAAGGCAAUAUUAAACGAAAAAUUAAAGCUAAAAUUAAGGAAAGUUUUUUUUUAAUGUUUUCCCAAAUUUUACUUAUUAGAUUUAUUUUCCCACAGUAAUUUUUUGCCGAUGUUUAAAUUCCGUUUUACAUUUCCUAAACACAUUAAUAUAUUUUUUUGCCUGUAAAUACGUAAAUGUUUAUAAAACACUGAGAGUUUGUCAAGUGAUUUAAGCAGUAAAUGUUCUUGUGAACACGGCGAACCUGGUGUUGAUCACGACAAGAAAACAAAGCAAAAGGUCUUACGUUAAAAAUAAUAAAUAAUAAUGAUGUAGUUUAUAGAAAUCACAACUCAAAUCCGUUAUGAUGUCACAGAGAUCUGGUCCUCACCUGAGCUGAAUUUCACAUGUCACAUGACAGCCUGCGUGAUGACGCGGCGGGCGUGGCACAGCUGAUCAUCGGCACGUGUCUGAGUCAGUCUGAAUCCUCUCGCCUCGUCCGAGUCUCCGUCCGAGUUUCAGCGCUGAGCUCUCCUGGGGAGACGGGGACGGGGGCGUGGCUAUGAGCCACUCAGAACACCUUUAACUCUCUGUCAGCGAAUCAGGAGCUGAACGAAUCAGGAGCGUGAUUCAGUCCGAGCUUCAUGAGUCACUCCGUGAUUCAUUUCAAGCCUGAGUCUUACGAGCAGAGCAUGCACUCGUUUAUCGCUCCGUCAAGGAUUAUUAAUCGAGCUACACUCCGGCGAAGAUGUAAAUAAAUAAAUAAAUAAAUACACAAUCAAACACAUCACGUCGAUGAUCAACGCUUUUUGUCAGCCAUCUUGUCUGUGCCCUUAAAACCAGCCUUAAUGACGUUUAACACAACCAAAAUGCACUACGGAGCAUAAAGGUGCUUUCGCAAACACAACAUCUGUUAUUUACACACACACACACACACACACUUUCAGAUCUCCGUGCUUUUCUCAGUACACUUCUAUAUAACCGUGCCGUUUAGUUUUUAUCUCUAAUCACCGUCUCGUUUUAUCGCCGUUUGCUUCGAGGUUACGAUUCAGCGUGACUCUUUACCUUCAUGUAUUUCAAUAAAAAUAACUAAAAAAAAGAAAAAUAUAUAUAUAUAUUUUCACCUGGUGUAUGGUUUUUUUUUUCAGAUUCUACACACAUCUAUACAAAUCCACAUCCUUCUUAGACCUUCUCAUAGAACGACAUUUGCUUUGUGCUACGACGAUGACGCUAAUGUAGCUAACACAUAACGGAAACGCUUCUCACGCAUACACAGCUCCAUAUUUACAUUUUAGGCCACGCCCACUACAGCAAGUGCACGUCUGCAAGAAAUCGUAAAACAAAGGAUAAACUGGAGGAGGUGUGUGUGGGUUCUAUUUUCUGUUAACGAUGUUAGCGUCAUGGCAAAAUAACAUCACACUGCGUCCAUCGUAAAGAUGACUUUUUUUUCUUUAACACUUUUAUCAUAAAAUAUUUUCAGCAUGUAAUACAGGUUUUUUCGGUGUCAUUUUUUCACAUUUAUUCAUGUAGAUUUGUUGCUUGAUUUUGUUUCUGUAGGACGCUGCAGGCGUGUUAGUGAUCUCAUACACACACACACACACACACACACACACACACACACACACACACACACACACACACACACAAACUUCAGUGUAUAGUUAAAGGAUCUUUUAGUUUCAGCUUCAGUUGAUUUUUGAGGAUUUUAUCAUUUAUUUAUUUUUCAAUCUGAUAAUACAGUACGUGUGUGUGUGUGUGUGUGUGUGUGUGUGUGUGUGUGUGUGUGUGUGUGUGUUUUGUCAGGUUUUUGUCUUUACGUUUUUACAUUUCUCCUAGCUGGUAGUUUGUUUUCUUUCGGGCACAGAAAUGAUAUGUAACUUCACACCGCUUUAUCUGCUGGUACAAAAUAUUAUCUCUGAUUUGUUUCUUAUUAUUAUUGUUUUGUUUUUGUUUUUUGUUUUUUUACAUCAAUACAAGCUGGUAUGUUUCAUUUUUCAGAUACAAAAUCCGAAAAUCCGACAACGUUAUUCAAAACCACCGACAAGAUGCAAGUGGUUCAGCAGUUUUACUUCAACACGCUGAUGAGUUUAACCCUUUCAGACCCACUUCAUAAAUAUUCAUGAGUUUAUAUCACAUUGAAAUCACAGCUCCGUGGGUUUAUUACUCAUUCUCUCAAUCUACUCAUCACCGUUCUCUCAAUCUACCAUCACCGUUUCACACGGAAAAAGCUCAACUCUGAUUGGGCUACACCUAAUCCCCGCCCUCAACACCCCCCCCCCCCCCCCCCCACACACACACACACACCCCCCACACACACACACACACACAGCCAAUCAGGGUCUGAAGAGGUUAAACGAGGCUACAAUUAUCAACACUCAGAACUGAACACACACACACAGUGCUGUACAUACAAUACAAUAAGCAACUUUUUUGUUUGUUUGAAAAAAAGAUGUUUAAUAACAAAGUGCCUCUUUGUAUAGCUCCAAGCAUGAAAAUCUAAAACUCACUGUCACCCAUAACACCAUGUGCUAUAAUAAUAAUAAUAAUAAUAAUAAUAAGUGUACAGUAUUCACUCACUAGCGAACGUAAUCACUGCCUAAAACGAAUCCCAAGUGAAGUUUAAAGUAUUGACUACCAGCAAUAAUUAAAUACAGAUUUUGAAAAAUCAUUUUUAACAGAAUAAUUCCCCGUGGUUUGCCUUGUACAAUGUGAGCACCGUCAGUAAGGGUGUGGUGUCCUUUAACCCUGAAAUCACCAAAAUAACGCCACUUUUGUAUUCAAUCUUUCUGUCCAAAGUGCCCCAGUGGACUGUUUAUAAUCUCACACACACACACACAAAACGAUCGUUAUUUAUUUAUCUAUCGGAUGAGCCUUUUUUCACACACAGUUUUUUCUUCUUUACAACGUCAGCACUUACAGUUUAACCUUUAGUUGGGCUCUGUAGAGGAAGUGUGUGUCGUGUUGUUGCGUGUGUGUGUCGUGUGUUGUGAGGAAUAUCGUGAGUAGAGAAGUGCCGAUAUUAAUUGCGAUGUUUUAACGUGUGGAAUAUUACUGUAGUGGAAAUUAGAGGAAACGUUUAUUACAGAAUCCUGUGUGUGUGUGUAUUCAUUCGUAUAACUCCAAACAGAAACAGAGGAGAUCAAAUCCCUGGAUUGGGAUUUGAUUGUUUUGUUUUUUUUAUGUAAAAUCUCGUACAGUCAGUAUUUAUCACGUCAUCAUUCUGAGCUGACGAAAGACGGCGUGUUUUUCUGAGACGAACGACUGCAUCAGCGUGCAGCGCUGCUUAAUCACCUACAAAGAGAAAAGUACGUACGUAUGUGUUAACAUAGUACGGUUUUUUUCUUCACGUUUUCUCCCUGAGUUUUAGUCUCGGCCGAUUCCCGCCCACCAGCCAGCCCUCGAUAGCUACAAACCGAAGAGGUGAAGGCAAACACGUGCUUCCUGCGAGAUACGUGAAAUCAGCCAUCUUUGCAAAUUGCUGCCUCACAGGACAGCGAUAAUCAGAAGAAGGUGCUGUCGGCCCUCUUCUGCAUACAUGAGCUCACAGACGCACACGAUUGUCUAACGGCGCUGUGAUUGACAUGGAUGGCUGUGGCGUCGUCGCAAACUUGACCAAACAAACACAUAUACGCUGGUAGACAAAAAUACCUUUAAAACACAAUGAAAGAAACGUCGAUAACUGUCUGAUUGUACGCAUGAAACCAUGACAUCGUAACACACCCACUUGGAAGAUGCAGUUACGGAGAUUCACAUCUCUGUGUCAGAGAGCAGUUAGAGAGUGCGUUCGCUAAUUAAUCGUCACGAUGUUACUAAACUUUCCGUAGGUCCGUGGGCGUAAAGAUGGGACGGAGUUUAGCAACGUGAACGUCGUGGCACCAUCGAGGCAUCAUCACGUCACGCUUUGUGUUUUUAACUUACAGCCGAUUUAUUCACAUCCACUUUCACUUUCCAACAUCUGCAGGAAAGGACACGAAUCCAAAGAGGAAACACACACACUCACUCGUUAUGUAUAACCACAAAUCUUUAUUCUACACUUUAUACAGUAUACAGAGAGAUUGAUGGACUUACAGAGGAACAGAUAUUUAUGAAAAUACAGACGCAGAUUAUUCUUCAUUUAUCAGAGCAGAUAAUAGUGCAGUAGGAGCUCGCAUAUGAAAUUAACUCUCUCUCACACACACACACACACACACACACACACACCGCUAAUCCACUCACUGAUACACACACACACACACCGCUAAUCCACUCACUGAUACACACACACACACACACACACACACUGUCUCCUGCAUGCUGAUGUGAGCGUUUCUUCUUUUCCCAGUUGAAUAAGAGGAUUUGGAUUUUUCCGGAACAGGCACGUGGAAGUCGAGGAAAGGGGAAAAAAACACAUCCCUGUUGAAAACAUUUUUAAAAAUUAAUAAAUAAAAAUGAUUCUCUUUGGAUUAAUACACAGAACCGUAAAGAGGAAAACUGACCUUCUAUUUGUUUAUGAUAUUUUUACACGUCUGCUUUAUAUUAUUCCUCCUUUACUCUUUUUUAGCAGAAGGCUGGUCACAUGACCGACCCGAAUUCUUUUGGGAAUUAUUUCCAGAGCAGUUUCAGGAAACGUAAUGAAGCGUGAGGCGGAAAUCAUUUUACAAACUAAUAAAUGUUUAACCAGACCUUGCCCCCCUCCCCUGAACGUUUUUUUAUUCAUCAUUUUUUUAUUUUUUUUAGACCAGGGAGGUUUUUUAAUUAAAAAAAUCUAAUUUCUAAAAAUUAAAGAAAUAAAAAAUAAUGAUUCUGUGGAUCCUCUCUGUACACGUUUAGCUCAUAAACAUAAUGCAUAAUAGUUUUUAUUAUUAUUAUUAUUAUUAUUAUUAAUAAAAAUAAUAAUAAUAAUUUUUCUUUAGAACUGUAUAUCUUUUUUAUUUUUUGGACUUUUUUCUACUUUUUAAAAUUAAAAUUAUGAUUUUAUUUUAUUAUAUUUUAUUUUUACCAUUUGCUCAUUUGGGCACCUCAUCCCCCGAAUAACUGAAUAUAAUUUCUUUUUAAUUUAAUAUUUUUUAAAGACAUUAUUUAUGUAUUUUUAUUUUAUUUCCCCACACUGUAUGUCUACCUGCAUCUAAUGAACUGUAAUAAUAAUAAUAAUGGGUGGCACGGUGGUAUAGUGGUUAGCGCUGUCGCCUCACAGCAAGAAGGUCCGGGUUCGAGCCCCGGGGCCGGCGAGGGCCUUUCUGUGCGGAGUUUGCAUGUUCUCCCCGUGUCCGCGUGGGUUUCCUCCGGGUGC